AUUUUGACAUAUUUCCGUGACUCAACAUAACCCACAACAAUUUUUUAUUUCAAAUCAUGAAAACAUAGACAGAGUGACGCAAUAAUAGUUCAAACCGGCUCUACCAAAGAAAUAUCGCAUCAAACCGCAACAAAGUUGAUCGCUAACAUUAACCCAACAAUUACCGCGGUUUCGUAAUAACACAUCAUUAUCUUCCCAUUAUAUUCAUCGGAUGCCAUGAGAUAGCAACUUUUUAUUGACAUAAAACCAACAAAACAUACCUCGAAAGCAAAACCUGCUUGCAUUUCGACUGACUCGGUGUUAAAAACAAUCGUGCAAUGUUCGUAGUCGUGCUUUUGGCUACUUUCCUUUCCAUUCUCUUCGGGUACUACAAGUGGAUUUACCAGUACUGGCAACGAAAAAAUCUCCCCUUUGUGCCGCCGCAGAUACCGUACGGGAACUUAACGAGUCCUUUCAGACGAAAAGAGCAUGUCGGUGUGUCAAUGCAAAAAAUCUACAACGAUAUGAAAGAGAAAAAGUGGAAACACGGGGGACUUUUUUUUAUUACUUCACCGGUGUACUUUGUUGCUGACGUCGAUUACGUAAAAAAUGUGAUGGCGAAAGAUUUCCAGCAUUUUGUGGAUCGCGGGUUCUAUUACAACGAGAAAACUGAUGCUUUGAGUGCGUAUUUAUUUGCUAUUGGUGGCCCGAAAUGGAGAAAUUUGAGAACGAAAUUGACUCCUACGUUCACGUCUGGGAAAAUGAAAAUGAUGUUUCAAACUUUGGUCGACUGUGAAGCGAAUCUUGAAGAAAAAAUGGCUUUAGAAUACGAGAAGAAGCAGCCUAUAGAUGUUAAGGAAAUUCUUGGGUGCUUUACUACUGAUAUUAUUGGCUCGUGUGCUUUUGGUCUCGACUGCAAGACUUUCCAACAUGAAAAUUCUCCAUUUAGAGUCUACGGUAAGGAAGUUUUCGCUUCGACAACGUACAGAAUUGUGAAAGCCACCUUUGCCAAUACUUUUCCUGACUUGUCUAGAAGCUUAGGAAUUGUAGUAACCCCAAAAGAUAUCACCGCUUUUUUUAUGAAAGUUGUUAAAGACACAGUUAAUUACAGAGAAAAAAAUAGUUAUACGAGAAAAGACUUCAUGCAGCUGCUGAUCGACAUCAAAAAUAAUAAACUUGUUGAAGAAGAUGGGUACAAAUUUGAUGGCAAAACGUUAACUAUAGAAGAAGUGGCAGCCCAGUGCUUUGUGUUUUUCUUGGCGGGCUUUGAAACUUCAUCUACAACAAUGACUUUCGCUUUAUACGAAUUGUCAAAACACAAACACAUCCAAGACAAACUUAGAGACGAAAUUACAACCGUUUUGGCAAAACAUAACGGAAAAAUCACCUACGAGUCAAUCCAAGACAUGAAAUACAUGAAUCAAGUCAUCGAUGAAACCUUGAGAAAGUACCCACCGAUACCUUUCUUAACACGCAAGUGCGUCAAGGACUACAAGGUUCCAGACGAGGAUGUUGUCAUCGAAAAAGGUACAAUGGUUAUAAUUCCGGUACUUGGCAUCCACUACGACAAGGAAUUUUAUCCCGAUCCUGAGAAGUUCGAUCCUGAACGUUUCACUGAAGAAAAUAAGAGAUUGAGGCACCAGUACGCGCACAUUCCAUUUGGUGAAGGUCCAAGAAUAUGUAUAGGAAUGCGAUUCGGGCUCAUGCAAACAAAAGUUGGUUUGGCUUCUUUGCUAAGCAAAUAUGAGUUUAGUGUUAGUUCUAAGACGCAAGAACCUUUAAAAGCGCAACCGAAAUCGUUCGUUUUGGCUGCAGAAGGAGAGAUUUGGUUGGAUGCGCAAAAAGUAGCGUAGUUGGUGAUGAUGUAAUGGAUAUAGUUAAUUUUGUGAAUCAAGUUGUAGAAAUUGUUAUGCCUGUUUUAUUUUGUUCAUUAAUAAAAAUAUUAGUUGGUG